GUUUAUUUUGUGUGCCUCGUGUCUUGAACUUGUCUGCUAACAACACCAUGUCGCGCAACCAUGACGGCGACUCCGUUCGGAGGCUCAUACACCGUUUGCGAGUGUUUCUGAAGGUGUUGUUCAGACAUCUCACCUUCCCGCUGCGACUUGUACACCAUCUGUGUCGUACCCUUCUGCGGUUAUACUACGAUUCAUGUAGCAUCGCAUCCAGGCGCAGGUUCCAGUGCAUUCACACAGACGGACACCCAGACCGAGUUGCUGGCUCAAGCCAGCCUACGAUGCCUCUUCCUCCGAGCAAACAUCAGCCGCAGGUCCCAUCAUUGCUAGGGCCUGCUUCCUGUUCAUCCGGCUCGGUCCACGCCCCGCCGUCACCCUCCAAUCCUGUACAGCAGUCGCCUACUACAGCUCCAGUCAACUCCCAGAGCCAGAUCUCCCCUGAGUUCGUGCCAUUCGUGCCCUCCGAUGUGAUGCGGUACGAUAAACCUCCGUCGAUAAACCCCGACGUUAACAAAUACGAGUUUAUUGAUCCUCUAACGAGAGAAUUUUUAGAUGCACAUCAGCAAGACGGUGGAAACUGGCGUGCCUGUAUACACCCAGAAGGAGCGCUCUAUUUCCAUGACCCCACGCGCGGUAUUUAUACGGACUCGAACUUGCACCACAGUAUUCCCCGGUGCAAAAUGGACUCGUAUGUAGGUCAAGUAUUCGCUCUCAUGCCCUCUGGGUUGCAGUUGGAUUGCGACAAGAUCGAGCUUGUGAUGCAGUUGGCACGGAACCAGAAGACUGGAGUUGAAAUCUGCAGAUACUAUUUUGUCGACCACGACAAGCAUCUGCUUUUCUGGCUCCAUAAGCUACCUACAGUAAAACUUUAUUGUGGAGUUCAGGGCGUCGAAAAGCUGAGCCAUAUCAAGUAUGCUGUUGAACAUCAGUACUGGCAACACUGCGAGAUGUAUCCCAAUAAAAAUCUGCUAUGCACUCAGUUGCUCAAGGAACUCAAAGAAGUUGUUGUACAUGCUAGCGCUGAGACCAUUACGACAGACGUGUCGCUCUCGCCCUUUGACGGUGAUGAAUUAUCGAAAAUUCUGGAUUUGAUCGACCAACUUGGAGAGAAUGUCGGUGGCGCUUAUUCUAUCUGUGUCAUUGCCAGGUUUAUGCGGUAUUUCACCCGAGCUAAAUUCUUCAACUUCUGUGGGCUCCCUUCUGCCCGUCUGGAUGCGGACCAGAUCGUUUACAAAAAGAAGAAGAGGAACAAACUAAUCUUAGUUCUUUCAUGGGCCUUCAACGUUGCAAUGUUCGGUGCCCCGCAGUCACACAUGGAAGAACUUCGACGAGUAUGGGUCGACCGCAGUAUCAACUCUCCGCGCUGGAAGAACUUUAACAGUAAGCUGAGCAGUGAAUGGUCAAGCAUCACAAUAUAUGCAACUGUGAUGGUAGCUGUGGACGUCAGCUUUCUGGCCGUACCUUCCGUCAGUUCCCAGGAUUCAGGUUCGGUCACAACUAUUAGCACGUAUCUUUCCAUUUUUUGCAUCGUUGGAUCGUUGGUCGUGUCCUUGUUUCUCACUAGACAGAAUCGGAUGUAUGGGCAGGAAUCUGCCGACACAGCGGUCCAAUUCCUCAAGAAGAUGACAGGAUCCGCAUUCGGCACCAAAGCUGUAGCAACCGUGCAUAGUCUUCCGUAUGCUAUGCUGCUGUGGGGCAUGUUGUAUUUCAUGCUUGCGUUUUCUUACCAGGUCUUCACGUCUACGCCCACCUUGACGCUCGCGACCAGUGGGAGCGCAUGCGGCCUUGUGGCGCUGUUUACGCUGUGGCUCAUAUACGCGGCGAGGGAUUUCCAUGUUUCGACACGAUUGCUGGUGUGGCUCCGGGCUUCCAUUUGCAAAGCAAGAAGUGAAACCCGGACACAGCCUAAUACAGCCUGAUACAGCUCAGUCAAUUUCCAAUUUGUGAUUUGGUGUACUAUUUAUAUGAUGUGGAAUAUAUAAAUCCCGGCGUACAGGUGCUACGUGUCCAA